AUGGGACCUUCUUCAAAUCCUAGCAUUUUUCCAAGAGAUCAAAAAGAACGCAAAUUCCCUACUUAUAUCUUUUUAGAGGAACAAAGAAACGGAGAAAAAGUUAAAAGAGAUUGGCUCGUUUGGAGUAAGGCUGUGGCAUCACUCUUUUGUUUCCCUUGCUCCCUUUUUAUAUCGCCUAACUUAACCAGACCCGGUGUUCAAUCCAGUUUGUUGUCUUGGAAUGGAGGUAUAGAUGGAAAUUGGAGAAAACUUUCAGAUCGCGUUAAAAGUCAUCAACAAAGCAAUUUUCACCGUAAAUGUUAUCUCCUAUGGAAAACAGCUACGAUUCACUUGGAGAUGAAACAAAGCAAUGAAAAGUAA